CCCAUGCAAUGCAAUCUCCCCAAACCUCAACACCUUCAACUCACAGCACAAACUCAUCAGCCAUCACCCUCUCCACCCUUGCGUCCUCUUACAUCAAAACCAUGUCGACCGAGGCAGCCAAGCCCACUGGCUACAAGCAACUCGACCGCGAGCUCCGUGAAAUGAUCACUUCCAUCACCAACCGCGUGACCGAUCAUCACAAGUCCGGCUCGGCCCACGGCCACGAGGAGGACGAGGACGAGCAUGGUGUGAGGAUCAUCACCCUUGCCGGAAACAACACCGGAGCCACAUUGCGGAGCGAGUUGGAUGAUCAUCAGGACAAUCAUCGUAAACGUGGCGGCCAUCAUGGUCUUCAUCUAGGAAGUCCUGAUGAAGACCCCGAGGGGCUGAGCACAUAUGUGAACAGCAACUUCCAAGCCAUCAACAACUCGCUCGUGAUGGGGGGUAGCUACACUACUAAUGAUCCGGGUGUUCAUCUCGACAUUACUGAUUUUUUCGAACCACAUGGGCAUAGUAAGCCGGAGAAGAAGGGGUGGAAGGGUAAGAAAAAAGAGAAGAGCGACCAGCAUCAGGAGCAUGAUGAUGAGUGAGACUAUGGUACUUAGAGAACAGAGGAAAGGUCUUGAUUUACUUUCCAUUGAGUGGGUUGAGAUUAAUAAUAAGCCUUUUAAGGCUUUAAUAUGAGUAAUCUAAGUAAAAAACUAAAUGUUAUCGAGUGUUAUUAUAUCAUGUUUACUUUCACGAACAAGCUUGUGCCUGCAUUCCAUGAGCUUUGAGUUAAUAAUUCGCAGAUAAACAUCCAUCCACCGUUGUAGACCCACUAAUACUUGAAAUUUGCUUGUGUUCUUUUUUUUAUUUUUUUAUAUUGAAAAAACUUUAAUGCUCUUAGUUGAGGA